AUGAGAAGCAAGAGAUCAAGAAGAUCGUACUCAUUGCCAUCCGACUCAUCACCUCCGGAGACCCAAUUCAUCUCCCAGGAAGACGAUGCCGACAACUUGUGGGAGGUAUCAGAAAUAUUGGAUGAAAGAGGACCACCCAAGACGGGAGACUAUCUGGUACAGUGGAAAGGGAAAGAUCCUGAUACUGGGAAGCCCUGGACACCUUCUUGGACGAAGAAAAAGGAUUGUACAACGGAUCUAGUACGUGAAUGGAAGGCCAAGAGAGCCAAUAGGGAAGCACAGGAGAGUAAGAUGAAAGAAGAGAAAUCGGGAAACAAGAAGAGGAAGAUGGACCAUAAGAAGGAAGGCGAACCUUCAGUGACAUUCGAACUGAAUUCUCGUAGUAGUAGAAGCCGAACCAGGUCUACUCCUGCACGAAGUCCUCUCAAGUCAACCAAUGCUCAAAUCAAUAGGAUCAAUUCGGAUACUUCUGCUCUCACCGCCCUUUCUUCUGAAUUGACCUCUCUACCUACAACACCCAGUAGAUCUACUGGAAACGUAAAUCGUUCAAUUGCGGUUGAUAUCCCUCCCAAAGAACCUGCAGAUGAUCACGCGGUAGUUUCUCACCGCAGAACUCGGUCUGCGAAUUCCCAAACGACUGUCGAGAAUCAUACGUCAUCGGACGAGGGUACUGCCGGUCCUGGUCCUUCUACGGCUGCUAGUCGGUCUCGACGAACGCUACGGGGAUCAUCGUCCAGAAGGCGUACCCGCAUACAGGUAUCCACUGCACCUCACGACAACCGUAGCACGGCUCUUCAGCCAAGUCAGGCACCUGCCUCGGACGGUGGCUUGGGCUCCAUCAACCAAUCUCAAUUAGAUCCUAUCCAACAAUUCUCUUCUCCUAGAUCAUCGACUAGAACAUUCAACGAGCGAGAGCGAUCUGGCGCUUCGAUUCACGCGGACGAUACGGAACCCGAACCUGACGGAGUUCGAGUGGUUCUAAGAUCACAUAAGACUAUACGAAGGGACGGUGAAGAAGGGGUACGAUUGGACGCAGACAGUUCGGAUGACGUUACGGCGUCGGCUAAGGACGGGUCACCUGAGCCAAGUAUACAUGAUGAGGACUUGGACGAUCUGGAUUCAAAUGCUGGAGAAGGGGUAGGAGGCGAUAGACCUGAGAAAACGGAUGUGGAUAAGUCUCAAUUAAUCGACAACGAUCAAUCCGCUCCAAUCGACAAUCCCCCAGACACAGCCCCUCCCGCAGAGCCAUUCAUACACCCCGAUACCCUUGCGUUAGAAGAGGCUCAACGAUUUAUAGUAAAAUUGCGAGCUGAGUUGGAGCAAACUUCCAAAGCUCAAUCUCAUCCCGAUACUCUGGCCCUCAUCGAAGCCAGAUCGAGAAUAGCUGAAUUGGAACUCCAACUCCAGUCACAUCUUUCACAGCCAUCACACCCACAGCAUCCCACUCAACCCAUCCCUGACCCUCGCGUGGCCGAAUUGGAAGUCGAGGUCGAACGAUUGAACCAAAGUAAACAAGCGCUUAUGGAAGAUACACAGUUUUUAAGAAAACAAUAUGCGGAAGCUUCGAAUCGAGCUGUCACAGAAUGCCAAUUAAGUGCGAAAUAUCAGGCUCAAAUCAAAACCCUCAAAUCACAAUUGUCAGUUGGCUUAAUACAACAAAAACUACACUUCGAGACCAUGCAAAAUACGAGGGAGAAAGAAAUUGAUAGAUUGCGUUCUCAGUUGAAGAUGCUGUUGAGUCAAUCUAGAAGAACCGAUGAUGAUGUUAGGCAAAGAGCUGCUGCUUAUACCGCCACCAAGAGAGAGUACGAGGAAUUAUCGAGACAAUUUGUCGCUAGGGGUAGAGAGAUUGAUAGCCUGACGAAGAAGGUGAAGACAAUGUCUGAAAGGAAUGAAGAGCUUGUAGAUCAAUUGGAGGUGAUCAGAGCGAUGAAAAUGGGUGUGAUACCUGAUGCAGACGGGAAUGGGGAUGAGGAUGAAGAUGAUCAGGAAACGUAUUCUUCCGACGAAUAUGAUGAUCCCAGACCAAAAGCUGAAACUGGAAGUAAAUCAAGGAGAAUCGAUGCGUCGCCAGACCAACGCGAUGUCUUCCAAGCUUCCCCUUCGGCGAGAGAAAGUACCACGGCUCCAACAUCUGGCUACGCUUGUGCGUGGAGGGACGGUGAUAGAGUCUGUCGAGUAGUCUCUGAGACCGUGGAGCAACUCAACGAUCAUGGAGUGGCUCAUCAUGUAGAGCAAAUCAGAGAUCGAUAA